GCCGGUGCCGCAGACGUGAGAACGCUCUCUCGCUCCUCGGACGCUAUUUUUACAGCUGGAGAUCAUCAAGCAAAUCAUCUCAUUUUACAAAUGAGAAAACCAAGGGAAAGGUGAAAGUUACUUGCCCAGUGUCGCUCAGCUGCGCUCACCCUGCUGCGGUGUCAGCACUGCCAGCCUUGUGAUAGCAAAACCCCAACAAAACAAAAAGCCCAAGGAGUGCCUUGCUCAAUGAUUGCUGAGUGAGAAGUGAGUCAUCAGCUUUAUCAGCACAGUGAAUCCGAAGUUGUGAAGUAAGUUACUGUGUGUAUAGAGCUCUCAUUGCCAGCUGCUAAUCUAAUGUGAGUAUUGUUUUGUGUGUCUAGAUCAAAUGAUGCUGUUUGGAAAAGUUUCCUGGCAGUUAUGUGGCUUAAAGAAACUCCCAUGGUCAUGUGACUCCAGAUACUUCUGGGGCUGGUUGAAUACAGUGUUUAAUAAAGUUGAUUAUGAACGCAUCAGGGACGUUGGCCCCGACAGGGCGGCGUCCGAGUGGCUGCUGCGGUGUGGAGCCAUGGUGCGCUACCACGGCCAGGAAAGGUGGCAGAAGGACUACAACCAACUCCCAACAGGCCCUCUGGACAAAUAUAAGAUUCAGGCCAUCGAUGCCACCGACUCUUGUAUCAUGAGCAUUGGAUUUGAUCACAUGGAGGGUCUAGAACAUGUUGAAAAAAUAAAACUAUGCAAAUGUCAUUAUAUCGAGGAUGAGUGUUUGCAGAGACUUAGUCAAUUUGAAAAAUUACAGAAAAGCAUAUUGGAAAUGGAAAUAAUUUCCUGUGGGAAUAUCACAGACAAAGGCAUCAUCGCUCUGCGUCAUUUAAGAAACCUCAAAUAUUUGUUGUUAAGUGAUCUUCCCAGAAUAAGAGAAAAAGAAAAGCUCAUCCAAGCCUUGAAGAUAGCACUGCCCUCUCUGGAGCUAAAAUCAUCCUUGAAAUAAA